AUGUCGGCCAGACUUAAAAGAGUGUUAGGAAAAUUGGUUUCAAGAUGCCAAACAGCCUUUGUUCCAGGUAGAAGUAUAUCAGAUGGGGUGUUGAUGAUAAAUGAAGUUUUGGAUAUGGCAAAUAGGGAGAAAAUGAGUUGUUUGGCUUUGAAGGUGGACUUCAAAAAGGCCUACGACUGCUUUGCAGAUGAUACUAUCUUGGUGGUGGAGGGAAGCAGUGAUAAUAUUUGGGUGAUGAAAUCCAUUCUAAGGUGGUUUGAGAUGAUGUCGGGUCUGAGGAUUAAUUUUCAUAAGAGCAGAAUUUAUGGUGUUCAAGUCAGUGAUUGGUUGUUGGAAGCGGCAUCUAAUUUCCUAUCGUGUGACAUUGAUCAUUUACCUUUUAAGUACCUUGGAGUCAAUUUCGGGAAGAGUCCUAGAAAGUUGUACAUGUGGAAAAGACCUCAUCAACCAAUUGAAGUCAAAGUUGACAGUGUGGAAAGGCAGUUAUAUCUCAACAUGGCUAGUCGUGUGGUUUUGAUUAACGCGGUGCUAAACGCUAUUCCCAUAUAA